UCACCCUUCAGUCCGCCAGGGGGCGAUAGCGCACUCUCCCGUUAGUCUGCGCACGACUGAUAAACCGUGUAGAAGAAGAAGCAGAAGAAGCAGCAGCAGAAGAAGAAGUCUUUGUUUACACCCGUGCCGGAUCAUCUGAGGGACAUGGAAAAUCCUUUUUGGCAUCUGUCUCUGAAGCUUCACAACAGGCCGAAGUCAGUGUUGCCUUUCCCUGAGGAUGUUGAACCUGGAAGCUACAUGGUGGCCACCAUAAAGCAGCUGGUCUCAGCGCAGUUACCAGACUCACUGCCAGAUCCGGAGCUCAUAGAGCUGGUUCACUGCGGGUGUAAACUAAAAGACGACUUGACAUUAGAUUCCUAUGGGAUCAAAUCAGGAUCUACAUUGCACAUCUUAAAGAAAGUGUGGCCAGAACCUGCGGUCAAGCCAGAACCAGUGAACAGAAGUGCUGCAGCGAGAGAGUUUAGACUGCUUCAGGCUGCCAUGCACUCCAGUGCUGCGUACAGAGAGGCAGUGUUUAAGAUGCUGAGCAAUAAGGAGUCUCUGGAUCAGAUCAUAGUGGCCUCCCCUGGGCUCAGCUCAGACCCUGUCGCAUUGGGUGUUCUACAAGAUAAGGAUUUGUUUGUGCAGUUCACAGACCCCAAUCUGCUUGAUGUGUUGGUCCGAUCUCAUCCAGCGCUGGUUAAUGCCAUCAUUCUGAUCCUCCACUCUGUGACGAGCAGCAUGCCUGGCCAAUCAAAUGCAAGCUCCUCCCACAAUGCCCCUGCUAGUUCCUACAGUGAAAUGCCAGGAGGAUUUAUGUUUGAGGGCAUGUCUGACGAUGAAGAUGAUUUCCAAUCCGGAAGUCGUGCAGGCUCAUCCCAGCGGCCGAGACCUCCAACCAAUCUGAGCAGCGGCGGAGCUACAGGGCCUCGACCUAUCACUCAGAGUGAGCUAGCUACAGCGCUAGCUCUGGCUAAUACACCAGACAGCAGUGCAGUCACACCCAUUCUGGGCAGCCAAGACGUGUCCACUGGCAGUUCUUCAGCAGCAGCAGGGACUCCUGUCACUAGCAGUGUGUUGAGUCGGGCACUACAGCAGGCUCUGGAGGCUUCUGGGGUGACCCCUCUGCAGGGGCGCUGGCAGACGCAGAUGCAGCAGCUGAGAGAUAUGGGCAUCAGAGACGAAGAGCUGGCAUUACGAGCCCUCCAGGCUACAGACGGAGACUUGCAAGCAGCACUCGAGCUCAUUUUUGCUGGAGGAGGAGGACUCUGAGGCCUAGAGGUCUAAGGAUGGAGGAAACUUUUAAAUUAAAAACUUUAGAUAUUACAUCUGUAUACAUCAUUUUUUAAAUUUUUUGGAAAUUAGUACUAAAUAAAUGGAACAAAGUACUGGAA